AGAGACGAAGUGGAAGUGUUUAAGCGCUUCGACGGCUAGCUGGCUCCGUUUGGACGAAAAACAAUCCGAAAUGGCGUCUGGAGAGACAUUAUAUAUAGAAACGGACGGCUCGGAGAUGCCAACGGAGAUUGUGGAGCUGCAUGAAAUCGAAGUGGAGACUAUUGAAACCACCGUGGUCGGAGGAGACGAUGAUGAACAUCAGCCGAUGAUCGCGUUGCAGCCGCUGGUGUCUGAUGAUCCGAACAUCCAUCACCAGGAGGUGAUUUUGGUCCAGACUCGGGAAGAGGUUGUGGGUUGUGAUGAUUCAGAACUGCACACGAGUGACGGUUAUGAGGAUCAGAUCCUCAUUCCGGUGCCGGUUCCAGGCGCGGAGGAAGAGUAUAUGGAGCAGACUCUGGUGGCUGUGUCCGGCGGAGGGAAGAACACGGCGCGCCUGAAGAAAGGCAGCGGCAAAAAAAUGGUUAAAAAGGCAUUUUUAGGCGCUGCAGAGGGGAGCGGACGGAAAUGGGAGCAGAAGCAAGUCCAAAUAAAGACGUUAGAAGGAGAGUUUUCAGUUACUAUGUGGGCAUCGGAUGAUAAGAAAGAUAUUGAUCAUGAGACAGUGGUAGAAGAGCAGAUAAUUGGGGAGAACUCUCCUCCUGACUACUCUGAGUACAUGACAGGCAAGAAACUCCCGCCUGGUGGAAUCCCUGGCAUCGACCUAUCAGACCCCAAGCAGCUGGCAGAGUUUGCUAGAAUGAAACCACGAAAAAUUAAAGAAGACGACUUGCCAAGAACGAUAGCAUGUCCUCAUAAAGGUUGCACAAAAAUGUUCAGAGACAACUCUGCGAUGAGGAAGCACUUGCACACUCACGGACCCCGUGUUCACGUGUGUGCUGAGUGUGGGAAAGCAUUUGUUGAAAGCUCUAAACUCAAACGACACCAGUUGGUUCAUACCGGUGAAAAACCGUUCCAGUGCACAUUUGAGGGCUGCGGAAAACGAUUCUCACUGGACUUCAACCUGCGCACACACGUGCGUAUUCACACUGGAGACAGACCUUACGUGUGCCCGUUCGACGGCUGCAACAAGAAAUUUGCUCAGUCCACCAACCUGAAAUCUCACAUUUUGACACACGCUAAAGCAAAGAACAACCAGUGAGUGGACAAUCUUGGAGCAACGUUUCUAAAAGGACCCUGGACAGCAGCAUCCAAUGCUUUAAAACACCCUUUGUGUGUUGUUUGUAGAUUUUUUUUUGUAAGAGAAAUUAUCCACUGCUGUUUUAUCAAAAUAAGUAUUUGAUGAACUGACUACCCACUAGCCCUUUCGGACAGUGAUGAACUGACUACCCACUAGCCCUUCGGACAGUUCAUAUGGUACCCACCAGACUGAAAGUUCUUAAUUUCCAGAAAGUGUCUUCUUUUAAGGACGUGCAUUUCUGGAUCUUAAACCACACACAUUUCCCCCCUAAAGAGUCCGAACUGUGUAUGUUACGAGCCCACAAAAAAGAACUGCUUUUUAGUUGUCUUUUAAGUGUGCAUAUUGUACACUUUUUAGACAUUAGCGUUUGACUUGAAAUGUUUAUUUGCCCUUAAGAUUUGAUAUGUGUAAAUUAAAUUCUCUUCUUUAAAAAGAAGGAGAUGCUAUUAAAACUUUUCCCCCCCACUUGUGAGGUAUCCUUCACAGGUAUCUCAUUUUGUAUAACUUAUGUACAAAUAUUUUGGAAAUUAUGUAGAUAGUAGAAAUGUUAGAUUUGUGUUUAACCAAUUAAAACAAUUUUAUUCAA